AUGAGCCGGCUGCACAACUCCAUAGAGCCGCGCGUGAUGGACGACGAGAUGUUGAAGCUGGCCGUGAGCGAGCAGGGGCCCCGCGAGGAGGCCGGGCAGCUGGCCAAGCAGGAGGGCAUCCUCUUCAAAGAUGUCCUGUCCCUGCGGCUGGACUUCCAGAACAUCCUGCACAUUGACAGCCUCUGGCAGUUCGAGAACCUGCGCAAGCUGCAGUUGGACAACAACAUCAUCGAGAGGAUCGAGGGCCUGGAAAACCUGGUCCACCUGGUCUGGCUGGAUCUGUCCUUCAACAACAUCGAGGUCAUCGAGGGCCUGGACACCCUGGUGAACCUGGAGGACCUGAGCUUGUUCAACAACCGGAUCUCCAGGAUCGACUCCCUGGACGCGCUGGUCAAGCUGCAGGUGCUGUCGCUGGGCAACAACCAGAUUGACAACAUAAUGAAUCUGGUCUACCUGCGGCGGUUCAAAUGCCUGCGCACACUCAGCCUCGCCGGGAACCCCAUAGCCCAAGGGGACGACUAUAAGAUGUUCAUCUACGCCUACCUGCCCGACCUCGUGUACCUGGACUUCCGGCGCAUCGGUGACCACAUGAAAGAGCUCGCAGAGGCAAAGCACCAGUACAGCACGGACGAGCUGAAACACCGGGAGAACCUGGCGCAGGCCCGGCUGGAGGCCGAGCAGGCCCAGCGCGCGGAGCUGGAGGCACACAAGGCUGCCUUCGUGGAUCGCCUGAACGACUCCUUCCUGUUUGACAGCAUGUACGCUGAAGAUGUGGAAGGCAACAAGCUGUCCUACCUGCCCGGCGUCGGGGAGCUGCUGGAGACCUACAAGGACAAAUUUGUCACCAUCUGCGUGAACAUUUUCGAGUACGGCCUGAAACAGCAGGAGAAGCGGAAAGUCGAGCUCGACACGUUUACUGAGUGCAUCCAGGAGGCUAUCCAGGAGAACCAGGAGCAGGGCAAACUCAAGGUCGCCCAGUUCGAGGAGAAGCACUCGCUGAGCCUAAGCAACAUCCGCGAGGAAUCAGAGCUGCCCACCGCGGAGAGGAUCGCUGAGUGCGACCAGGACAUCGCCGAGCUGUUCAACGCGCUCAUGACCCUGGAGAUGCAGCUGGCGGAGCAGCUGGAGGAGACCAUAAACAUGUUUGAAAGGAACAUUGUCGACCUGGUGGGGCUCUUUAUUGAGAACGUGCAAAGCCUGAUGGCGCAGUGUCGGGACCUGGAGAACCACCACCAUGAGAAGCUCUUGGAGAUCUCCAUCAACACCCUGGAGAAGAUGGUCAAGGGCGAGCUGGACGAGGACCUGCCCGAUGACGUGCGAGCACUGUUCGUGGACAAGGACACGAUCGUUAACGCCGUCGGGGCCUCGCACGACAUUCACCUGCUGAAGAUUGACAACCGAGAGGACGAGCUGGUGACCAGGAUCAACUCCUGGUGCACACAGCUGGUGGACAAGAUUCACAAGGAUGAGAUCACGCGGAACCGGAAGCGGGUGCGGGAGAUCAAUCAAUACAUCGACCACGCGCAGAGAGAGCUGGAGGGCCUGGAGAGCCCCGACAUGGACUAGUGGCCGCGGCGGCAGCGCGCAUGCGCCCCCGACUGUCCCAGGACGGCCACGGGGCUGGGGGGAGGGGGUCUCAGCCCCCUCGCACCUGUCUUUCCCCUGCUCGUGGGAAAACAUCCAGAUACGGAGAGAAAUAAACGGCCGAGCCGCCCUUCC